AUGAGAUCCGACUUCUUAGACGGGCGGACCCUCGACAGGCUGAUCGGAAUCACGCGUCAAAUCAAUGGAAUCCGCUACACCAUCGACGCGCUUAUCUCCGAGCGUCAUCAACCUUGGUUCAAUGAGCGCUGGGUGGUUUUUGAGGCCGCCUCGCAGCAAAAUAACAAUCGGCUAAUCGUUAAGAUGCGUUUUCAGUGCAACCCAUGCCUCGUCGAGUCCGCCGUCUAUCGCACCGCAGCCGUGACAUGGGGAAUGGGUUCCUUUGAUGCUGAAUGUCUCGCCCUCCGUGAAUGCGAGGGCUCUGAUGCGACUCCAAAGCUCCUCGCCCAGGCACGCCUCGUACACGAUCACUAUGAUAUUUACCCAGGUGGCUAUGUCAGCGUUAUUGUCAUGUCCAAGGUUGCCGGGCAAAGGAUUGUUGAAUUCUUGCGCGACCUGACUGAUGACGAAAAACAGACAAUUCGCGCGGACUUGAUUCAAAUCCUCGAGUAUAUGAGGCUCAAAAACUGGAAUUUCGCCGAGCCGCAACCGGACCAGAUCUUUACGACAGGGCCACUCGCAAAACCUCUCUGGUUGGCCUAUCAAGUUCUGGACGAAACUCCGAAGAAUCCGACCCCAGGACACCCAUCAAGGCUGACUCGAUCGACGUGA